AUGCAGCCGGGGGUUGCCACCGUUGAGAACAAAGCCCAAGAUGCCCUGGGGCAACUUGGUCUUUGUUCUCAACGGUGGCAACCCCCGGCUGCAUCGAAAUUCAAAAUUCCGGAGACAUUGCUGAGUCUAGACUCCAUUCCCUCCCUCAUGCCGUCACCAGACAAUCCAGGCUACGAUCCGCAACGCUUCGUUGAGGAAUACAUCGAGUGGAUUUUUUCCGGCAGCUCAAGCAUCCAAGUUGCGUCCAAUGGAGACGAAGGAGGCGUCAACACAUUUGCCGAAAAUAUCGAGAAUGAUCCAAACCAGUGCGGCCCUCCGCCAACAGCGAGGUCGGCGCUAGAGGCUCUACCGAGCAGACAAGUCUCCGCAGAAAUGGUCUCGGGUGACAAGAAAGCUUAUUGCGUCGUCUGCGUGGACGCAUUUGAGAUAGGGGACGAGGCAAUGUGGAUGCCUUGCAAGCACUUUUACCACAAGAACUGUAUAGUUCCAUGGCUCAAACUGCAUAAUUCUUGCCCGGUGUGCAGGCACGAGCUCCCCACCGACAAUCCUAAUGUUUUGCGAGAUAUGAGAGCGGCGGAUGCUAGUGGGGGCCGAAGGGGAGGGACGAGUAACUUUUGA